GCGCCGGGCCCCGGCAGCGUCGCGCGCGGCGGCGGCGGCGGCUCCGCGAUGGCACCCACCGUGGCCGUGGUCGGGGGCGGCAUCAGCGGCCUGGCCGCCUGCUUCCACCUGUCCCGCGCGCCCCGCCAGCACAAGGUGCUGCUGCUGGAGGCCAGCGGCCGGCUCGGGGGGUGGCUGCAGAGCACCCGCACCGCCGACGGGACGGUGUUCGAGCACGGGCCCCGCGGCAUCCGCCCGGCGGGGGCGGUGGGCGCCGACACCCUGCACAUGGUCUCCGAGCUUGGCCUGGAGGGUGACGUCCUGCCCGUCCCCGGGGACCACCCGGCCUCCCGGAACCGCUUCCUCUACACCGGCGGGGCCCUGCACAAGCUGCCCUCGGGGCUGAGGGGGCUGCUGAGGCCGGUGCCCCCCUUCUCGCGGGCGCUGCUCUGGAGCGGAGCGAGGGACCUGCUGGCGCCGGCCGGGACGGAGCCCGACGAGAGCGUUCACGCCUUCGCCCGUCGCCGCUUCGGCCGGGAGGUGGCCGACAUCGCCGUGGACAGCCUGUGCCGGGGAGUGUUCGCCGGGGACUGCCGAGCGCUCAGCGUCCGCUCCUGCUUCCCCGCGCUCUUCCAGGCCGAGCGGCGCCGGCGCUCGGUGCUGCUGGGGCUGGCGCUGGGCUCCGGGAAGGAGCGUGGCGCUGAGUCGGGGCUGAGCCGGAGGGCGCGGGCCGAGCGCUGGAGCCAGUGGUCGCUGCGGGGCGGGAUGCAGAGUCUGGCCGAGGCACUGGCGGCCUUCGUGCGGCCGCGCGGCGUGGAGCUGCGGUGCCAUGCGCCCCUGCGCCGCCUGCGCCGCCACGCCGACGGCCGCUGGCAGCUCACGUUGGACGAUGGCACCGUGACGGCUGACCACGUGGUCAGCGCCAUCCCGGCUGCAGCCCUGGCUGAGGUGCUGCCAGCUGAGGCCGAGCCACUGGCACGGGAGCUGCGGCGCAUCCCGGCCGUGUCGGUGGCCGUGGUGAACCUGCAGUACCAGGGCGUCACGCUGCCCGUCACGGGCUUUGGACACUUGGUGCCAUCCUCUGAGGAUUCGUCCCUCCUGGGUAUUGUCUACGACUCGGUGGCCUUCCCCCAGCACAACGGUGCAGGAGCCGCCUCAGUGCGGCUGACGGUGAUGCUGGGGGGUGCCUGGUUUGAGCAGAGCUUCGGGGACCCGGCGUCGGUGUCGCCGUCGCUGCUGCUGCAGCGGGCACAGGCAGCGGUACAGCAGCAGCUGGGCCUGGACACAGCCCCGACACACUCCAUCGUCAAGGUGCACCAGGCCUGCAUCCCCCAGUACACCCUGGGCCACUGGCAGCGCACAGGUAAGAGGGGCUUGGGGAGUGGGGGCCCCCGUGCCCGUGGAGGCACCCACAGCCCCUGCCCGUCCCGCAGAGCGCAUCGCCCGCGUCCUGGCGAAGCAGCAGCUGCCCCUCAGCCUCGUCGGGGCCUCCUACGCCGGCGUCUCUGUCAACGACUGCAUCGCCAGCGCCAGAGCAGCCGUGGGGCAGCUGCUGGGGCUGCAGUGCUGAGCUCCAGCGGCCCUUCCCCCAGCCCCACAGAGCUCUGGCUCAGUAGGACAAAGUGUUUUCUUUAAUUGAAAAACCCUUACAAAGGUCCAGGGAGCAGCUCAUAAAUAGAAUAAAUACUCUUGCGCCGGCA